AUGCCCCAACACGGCUCCCCACACACCUCCCACACCCCAAGGAUGCAACCCAUCCACACACGAGCACAAACACGUGGGUAUGCCCAACACCACCCACCUGCCCAUGGUGUGGGUGUGGACGCGCGCGGCGAUGCCGCGCAUGGGCUCGAACCCGGAAUAGCAGCAGGAGUUGGGCACCAGGUGACUGUGCUGACGCGGCGGGAUGGUAAAGCGCGCGGCGUAGGCCAGCAUGCCCGCGCUGCGCGGGGUCGCCUGCCGGCUGAACUGCAUGCGCAGGCCCGAGGCGUCAUGUGCGGGGCGGGGCAGGCGGUAGUGCACCUGCAGGACGAAGGAGCGGAUGGCAGAGCCGGGGCCCACCGCGAAGCCGGUGCCCUCGGGCAGGGUCACCGCCGGCGCAUUCUUGCCCCAGCCGUACAGCACGUUCUCGUUGUCGGCCACGGCGCACACCUUCUUCAUCUUGCAGUCCCAGACCGGGAGGUCGGUCCUGGCCGGGGUUCUACAGCCUGGGGAGGGAUGGGGAUGGCCAGGUGA